GAAGUGUGCGGGGACUGGGUCAAACGUGCCCGCUCCACGAUCCCCCCAGCACCGCGCGCGGCGUUAGACGAGCGACAUCACAGCCCGCCGCCGCCGAUGAUUCAGUCGAAAUUGAGAGAGUGCACUAUAAACAGUAAAGUGACGAAGUUCGUUGCGUGUUGUAACAAUUCUACCAACUGUUUAUCAACAUUCAUGUGAUUCAUUUACGAUUACCCUAACAUUAACUAGUGUUUGUACGUGAAUUAUCAGUGAACAACGUGAAAUGAAUAGUGAUUAUUGUUUGUGAGAGAGAGAGAUAAUGGAAACUACUAGAAAUUUGAAACAACAGCACGGUUCAACAAUUGAAAAAAUGUUAUCUGCAAGUCCAGUUUGUCCAUUGAAGCCUAAUCUCGUAGUAUAUACGACAAGACUUGAUGAUAUGAUAGUCUUUAGCAAUGACACUUCGAAGACAACCAUUGUGGAUGCAUUACAGAAAAUUGAACAAGAAAGCAAACCGACUUUACCAAAGAAACCUAAAAUGCAAGUAUUUAGAAACAACCGUCUUGCAUCGUAUUUACAUUUGAAAAAGAAAAUAAUUACUUUAAAUAAAAAUAAACAUGCAGUUAAGCGUUUCAAAGAAAGAAAUAUUACCGAUGAAAUACAUGCUGAAUCUGUUGCGCUUGGGAAUAGUGUUGGCGACUUUACACAAAAUAAUACGAUUUUAAAAUCGACGACGUUUAAAACUUCAGAAAACAAUCGAAGACUGCCAACAUCCGAAGACAAACGAAUCGAUCCAGUAGUUUGGCCGGUCACGACAAAAGUUGAUUACGAGAACACGAGUAACUUAUGCAUGGUCAAAAAACGUUUUGAAACGGAUCUAUACAUUUUAGACGACGACGGGAAUAUUAUAAGACAUGAAAAAAAAAAGUCACAGAAAAUGAAUAUGCAAGAGAUAAAUUUGGUAGUUAACUAUUGUUGCUGGUUUAAUAGAGAACAAAUCGUAGCCCAUCUAUCCAAAAGAUUAAAGCCUACCACUUUGAGAAGGAUAAAGAAUGCACACACUUGUAUUCCAGGACAAUGCAAGUGUUGUUGUAAACCAAACUCGAAUAACUAUUGCAUGUUUUCAAUUGAUGAUUAUAUUGACCCAACAGAUAAUGAUGUUAAAGAACCAACAAAAGAACCAGAAACGAAUUCUGAUUUCGAUGAUCUAUUAAAGAAAAUGUUGGUAUCUAAAAAAUGUCCUGAUGAUUAUCUCCUACAAAACCUACCAAACGAUACGAACGUUCCAACGGUAAAAACUUCUAAAGUUUCAUUUUUAAAUGAAAAUAACCAAUAUAAUUGCUAUGAAACUGACAUCAACGGUGAAGUUAUACAAUCACAAACACACUGUAAAGGAAAUUUCGAUACAGAAGAUUCAUAUUACGGAAAAGUAUGCUGCUGGUAUGCACGUGAAAACAUUAUAAAAAAACUAAUAAAAGAACAAAAACCUGAGAGUAUCUUGACACGCAUAAAGGAGAAACAUUUGUGUCCUAGCGAUAAAUGUACAUGUUGUUGCAAAACAUUAAAUCCUGCAAAUUUGAGAAGGAUAGGCAAUGCAGAUAAUUGUGUUCCGGGACAAUCCAAAGGUGAACCAAAUAACUCUGUUGCAGUUUUUUCAGAUGAUUACAUUGAUUUAACAGAUAAUGAUUUAGAAAACAACGUUAAAGAACCAAUAAAAGAACCAGAAGAAAGUAUAUCCUUCGAUGAGAUAUUAAAAAAAAUGUUAGUGUCUAAAAGAUAUGCUGAUGACUAUCUCCUAAAAAAACUUUCAAACAACAAGGAUGUAAACGUUUCAGGACCAAAAACAUCCAAAGUUUCAUUUUUAAACGAAAACAACCAAUAUAAUCAUUAUGAAACUGACAUUAAUGGUGAGGUAAUACAAUCACUAACAUUCGAAGGAGGAGAUUUCGAAACAAAAGAUUCAUAUUAUGGAAAAGUAUGCUGUUGGUAUGCACGUGAAAAUAUCAUAAAGAAAUUAAAAGAAGAACAAAAACCUGCAAGCAUCUUGACAUGUAUAAAGAAGAAACAUUUUUGUUCUAUUGAUAAAUGUACGUGUUGUUGCAAACCAGAAGAACUUAUUUUGCCUGAGAACUCUCUACACAGUGGAAAAUGCGUUGCGGAACCUGUAACAAAAAAAAGACGUAUUUUAAAAAAUACACCAAGUUUUAAAACUAAGCAUGGUAUUGAACAAAAUAGAGAAAAAGAAAAGAAAACCAUCGAUAUUGAAAAUGAAAACAAAACCAUUGAUAUUAAAGUUGAAAUCAUAGAUAUUGAUAACGACGAAAAUAAAAUCAUUGUUAAUGACAACGAAAAAAAAUCCACUGCUGCUGAAGAUAAAAACAAAACUAUGGAUAUUAAAGUUGAAAUCAUUAAUAUUGAAGACGACAAUAAGACUAUUCAUAUUGAAGAUGAAAACAAAGCCGUUGAUGUUAAAGAUGAAAUCUUAGCUCCUGAUACUGAAGACGCCACUGAUAUUGAAAGCGGAAGAAAAACCAUUAAUAUUGAAGAUGACAUAAAAACCAAUGACAUAGUAGACAAACCCAUUGACACUGAAGACGAAAUCGGUGCCUUUUUAAUUAAUGAGGUAAAUAAUAAUUUCAAAAAGUGUACAGAUGUUACUAAUACUAUUAAAAGUAGCGCUUUGGAAAGCUGUAGUUCCACUACAAACGCAACUCAUGAGAUUCAAGAAAAUAUACCCUCUAGUUUCAUUUCAGAAUUAAAUACAUCAUCUGACAUACCAGUCAUACAAGGAGUAGUCGCAGCGAACUUAUCGGAAAUAUCUCCAGAGAGGCUACCCAGUGAAUUCCUUCCAAAUUUCCGAAAUAUUUCUUUACACAUUGACGAGAAAAAAAAAGUCCACAUAAAUUUCCAUAAUGAAAAUUGUAGCCUUUCAGUAGAAGAACUGCAACAUUUGAAUAAAAUUUUAGAACGUACUCAAAGGAAGGUUGAUAAAAUCAUUGAAAAUUCGAAUAUGUUUAUAAACCCUAUUAUGACUUUUUACAAGAUAGGUACUGAUUUACAUAAGAAAAAAAGGGAAAACUAUUUAAGGUCUUUUGCAGAGUGUUUGGAUUUAGACAUUUAUGCUAAUUCACCCAGUUACUUAAAUGGUAAUAAUAAAAAUGAAAAAAUUAAGAAACAGACUUUAGGAUCUCGUGCAGGCAUCAUAGAUAAACCUGUGAAAAGAACCAAUAGUAAUAGUAAACGUAUAAAGAGCAUGAGAGGAUAUAUUCCUGAAGAAAUCGGCUGAAACGGCCGUUUCAAUUACGGACUCAAUUUGCGAAUAGCUUCAAUUUACUACUUGUGCAGUACUAUUAGCAUCGAUAUCAAGACACAACUUACCUAAAAGAAAUUCCCAAUUCCCAUCCAUCCAUUUAUCCAAAACCCAUUCAUCGCUGCAGUGUCUCGCAGGAAACGGAGCUCCGUGAUGAAAGUGCGCAGAUGAACCAUCGUGUAUAGGCGGAUUUUUUCAAUCAGUGACUAUUGUCACCAAUUAUGUACAGGCGGUGCUUAAGUGUUGUCUAUGGUCACUUCAAGCCUGACCUCAUUGCGUGCGGUUUCCAAUCAUAGCCAAGUAUAAGUUACUUAAUGGCCUGCGUAUAAAUUCAAAAUGUAAGAGAUUGCUCAAAGACGGCUGUGCUUUGGUUAUAAUAUUUAUACACGGUUGUACAUGCCUUUUGCAUUUUAGCAUAGAUGCCAUUGAAGAUGGGUAUGGAUUGGAAACACACAAGCUUUCCAGUCAUUGUAGAGUAUGUAAAAAGAUGGCAAACUUUUAAAGUUUUUUUUUUCCCUAUCUACACAUUGGUAGCUAAGAAGCUAUUCCAGUUACGUGCGGGUGAGUAGAUGAGCUCACGGGCUCAAUCUGAGAGAAUUUGCUAAAUUAAACACUAGCCUGAGAAGAUAUGGCGUGAAACUCAGUGGGUACCUUUUAAUAAACUGGUUUUUUUUUAUUGCCCUUGUAGGCAGACGAGCACCUGAUGGUGAGUAGUUACCGUCGCUCAUGGACUUUAGCAAUGCCAGGGACAGAGCCAAGCCGCUGCCUACCGUUGAGUACUCUCCAUAAUGUAAUGUGAAGUAAAAAAAAAAUUCUUUCCGUGUUUCUGCAUCAAAAACGGGCUCUACAUCCCGUACCACAGAAAACCGGACAGUCUUAUAAUGUUUGAAAUUGUCGCGAAAACUGAACAAAACGCGACUGCACGAAAUUUUGUUUUGUGUGACGCCAUUCCAAGCCAGAACAAACUACGAACUAAACAUAAUGAUGAUGCAUUCCAUGUCGAUAUCGAGAGCGGCGACCUGCUUCUGCUGAUGAAUGGUUAUCGAUGUGUGCAAUAUUACUGCACCGUACUCUAAAACACAAACAUUAGCCACUUAUGACGUAAUGCGCAAUUAAUGUUAAUGUUUUGGAAUUGUUAGGUUAUUUAAAUUAUGAAGUAAAUAAAAUGAAUAAAUUUAAUAUCACAUAAAUAGCAAUUAUUCGUUCUAAUUUAUUCAACAACGACUACAAAUACCUUUAGGUUCAUUUGUUUCUAGUGUUCGGUUGUCUACUCUGUCAAAAUUGAGUGUGUGAAACACGUGUGUUCAAGAGACCAUCAUUUUUUAAUCAUAACUUUGGCUCUAUUGUUUACAUAAAUAAAUGAGUUAAUUUUCUAGUCAAAUAUUGUUUAGUUCAAUUGAAGUUGAUGUACGUGAUGCAAAUACCAAUGUUAUAUUAAAAACUAGUAUACUUGUUCACAAAAACAUAAAUCAAUACGAUUAAAUAAUACUGAUCGAGGAGUGAUGGAUUUACUUCAAUCUAUUAUAAGUAAAUACAAUAAACGUUACAUAAUAUGAAAUGUGGACAUAUAUGCCACUUGAUUAAUUUUUAAAUAAAAUUUACGGAAUUGUUUUA